AUGUCGGUGCAGGAUCAAUUGUUGACAGUUUUGACCAAAACCUGUCAGUUUUUGAAUCAAAAUGAUGUAUUGUCGCUGGCGCAGACUUCCAGAUCCAUUCACGAUCAAUUAGCUAUUGAACAAUUAUAUCGCAAUGUAAUCAUUACUAAGGAUCCUGUAUGUAGAAGUGAUGCGUGGUUUCUAGAUGGUGAUCAAUCCUAUUUAAGUGGCUACAGAGCGUUGAAAAAGAGUGCUGAUCAAAAUGACUUGUUCCUUUAUGAUAGGAUUGAGAGAUUCAUAGAAUCUCCACAUUUAAAGUAUGUCAAGACACUGGUCAUUCAAGAUCGUGUGUUUGCAGACAGUGAAACAGGCAAUCUCUUACUCCGACAACUACUGGACAAAAUUAUCAGCCUUGAUGUUAUCGAGGACCUCGAGAUCAGAGACAAGACCCUAUUUGAUGAAUUUUACGAUGAGAUUUUAAACCUGAGCCACUUGACGAAAAUUAAGAUCUUAGACUUGAAGUCAUUGGAGAAGACGAAAUCUUUAUCCAGUUUGGAAACGCUGGAAUGGGUUUGUGACAGCCGCGAAAUCUCGCACUUGCAAUUGUCACCUAAAGUUAAAGAAAUGUUGUCUGUAAGUUUGAGAAAGGCAGAGUUGAUUAUUGAUCAUGCAAACUGCUCAAGCCUUCCACUCUUUUCGUAUUUGCAAUCUCAGGGAGUGAAAUGUCACUCAUUAAGAUCCCUGAAAUUCAAUCAUUUGCAUGAAGUCAAUUCCCAUGAUAAGCAUAUACAGGAGCAAGAUAUAGCUCACUUAGAGGAAGUAGUCAACUUGGGGAAACUGGAACAGUUAGAGCUUGGUCUUUCUUGCGAAGAUAUAGGAUGUGGUUGCAUUGAUGAAUUCCUGAUGGAGCUUGCUCCCCAUUUAACAUCUCUCAAUAAACUGGGGCUGAUCGAGCGAACGAUUGUGGAGACAUCCGAUCAUAAGGUUAAAGAAGAUUGGGAUAUCACAAUUUGCAAAUUCAUUCUCCAUAUCCCUCAUGUGGGCUCUAACUUGAAGGAAUUGAGUGUGAGACACCAAACCCCACUAAAUGGACUUUCAGAUGACAGUGUGCAUGGGAACUAUUUCCGAAGAAGAACGCUUUACGAGACAGUUUUACCUAAAUUGAAAGCUUUACAGACACUAAUGGCUCCCACAAUGCUACAAUCUCUGAGUGCAUAUGAAGUCAUUGUUUGCGACCUGUUGUGGAAUGGUUGCCAAUGCAAUUAUUGCAAAAAAGUCCUGCCAAUUUUUGAUCAAUAUAUCAUGAACCACCAAUACUACUCUAAGGAAAGUGGAAGGUACAUGGACGUUAUACCCACGGUGUUCUUCGCAUACGCGGGUCAUUUCUUGACUCACAAUUUCUUGGGACAGAGCUCUUGGGACUUGAGUACCUUCAAUUUUCCACCUUCAUCGCGUGCCUGGAAUCUACAUGGAUAUGAAGCUUUACAUCAUUUUGAAAACUAUGAAUGUUUGUUCGAUGAGUCCACCUUCGGCCCUCUAGCCGUGGUUAUCACGCAUUUCUUCGAUGAAUACAUGGACAGCUUAGUGCAAAUGCUUCCUAACCUGAGAAGGGCACUGUUCUCCGGGAUAUACUAUGCUGUGGACAGUGAUUCUCAUACCUAUGAAACGAUGUACACCUAA